AUGGCCUCUCGUGAUGGGUCUACUUGGGAUUCAUUGCAAUGGCGAAGAAGAUUAGAGCGCUUCGGUGACGACGAUGGCCCUGUCAUGGCAGCUGGUCCUAAUGGUCGAGAGACGACCCUUGCUUUGGGCCAACGUCUUCGACACCUUUACGUUGAUCAGCUCAAGUAUAUGCCCGACCUUAUCUCCUCAUCAGACAGCAUCUAUCUCCGUUCCACCCCCUUGUCCCGUGCUCUAGAAUCGGUUCAACAGGCCUUUUGGGGCAUGUACCCCCUCACAGCAAGAACUGCCUCAUUCCCGCCACCUACGAUAGUCACGCGUACACCGGCAGAUGAAACGCUGUUCCCCAACGAUAGCAAUUGUCGCCGCUUCAAUCAGCUGAGUCGUGCGUUUGCGCAACGAACGGCAGAGAAAUGGAACGACACCGACGACAUGAAAUACCUCAACAAGCUAAUCUCAGCAUGGAUGCCUCGAUCCUUUCCAAAAGUAGCGGUAGAUUCUCAUCCCAGGUUAUCAGGCAUCAUGGACACGAUUAAUGCAAGUUUGGCGCACGGGCCUGACACCAGGCUUCCUCCGGAGUUCUACGAUCCUACAGCUCGGAGGAUUAUUGACAGAGUCAGUGUGGAGGAAUGGUUUUCUGGCUACAACGAAAACCAGGAAUACCGGGCACUUGGAAUUGGUGGACUCGUGGGGGAUAUUGUUGAGCGCAUGGUCGCCAACAUAGAGCGCUCGGGCCUGACUAUGUAUGAGAUUGGGGGCGAGGACGGACGGCUGGGCCAGGGCAGAGGCGGUGAAACCAGCAUCAGAUUCGCCAUGAGCGGAUGCCAUGACACAACGAUUGCCGGGCUGCUGGCAAGCCUUGGAGCCUUUGGCGGAGAGCCAUGGCCGCCAUUCACGAGCAGCAUCGCGGUGGAGCUCUUCAAAAAGAAAGACCAGUCCCAAAUUUCUGGCGGCAUAAGACCAAAAUCAGCUACCGAGAAGCAGGCCGUGACAGAACCAACGCGUCCAGGAUGGUUCGCAUCAUUACUCGGCCUCUCUUCUCACAAGAGUCCUCCUCCCCCCCCGAGCGAAGCUUCAGAAGGCAUAGGCAGGCGACCAACCACAGAGCUUUCAGUCAGCGAAAAGGCAAAGCUCGACGGCUAUUACGUCCGGAUCCGCUACAACGACAAAGUGAUGACCGUGCCAGGCUGCAAGAAAGCAGGCAACCACCUGGAGGGCGACGACAGCUUCUGCACCAUGGCAGCAUUCAAAGCGAUAGCAGAUGAGUUUACGCCUCGGAACUGGAAGCGGGAAUGCGAUGCGAACAUGGAGACUGCCACCAUCAAACCCGUAGGCAAGGAGGAAUGGGCCGGCUUUUCCAGGACAGAGCCUUCGGGAGACGCAAGUGGGAGCCCGGGCCAGACUCUUUAG